AUGAAGUUGUUACUAUCAUUAUUAUACUCUCUCUUUUACUUCUUACAGUCCUAUUUUUGUUAUUCUGCAAAUAUUAACUUUGAUUACUUCAUGUUGGCCGAAACAUGGCCAAAAUCCUUCUGCAAGCAAAAUAAAUGUAUCGCAAGUGUACCAUCAGAGUUUACUCUACAUGGUUUAUGGCCUAAGAACAACACCCCACCUCACACAUAUUAUUGUACACUAGAGUUAUUUUUGCUCAACCCAUUCAAUAAGCUUAACACUGUUUGGCCGGAUCUAAAGGGAAAAAACAAGGAAUUUUGGAAGUACGAGUGGAAAAAGCAUGGCACUUGCUCAGAAAUGGUACAAGUUGAUUACUUUAAUCACGCAACAGUUCUCUAUGAGAAAAAUAAUAUCAAAGACAUUCUAAAGAUGCCUCUAACACCAGGUGGAGCGGCGGCUCUAAUACCGGGUGGAAUCGCGAACUCAGCUGAUAUUGAGAUGCAUAUAAAGUCAGUCACUAAAUUUAAACCACAACUUCAUUGUGAAAUGAAUUCUGCAGAUUUGAUGGGAGUUAGAUUGUGCUUUGAUACUGAUCUAUCAAAUCUCUCCUAUAUAGAUUGUCCUUCUCUUUCGAUCUGUCCAGCUCGUAUAAGUUUACCAUUAUAA